AUGACUGUCCCUAUACCUCUGACAGACGAGCAAGCAUACUCCCUCCUCGACCAAAGCCAUCGACCAGCCAAGCGGCAAAAGGUCGUCGAAUCAUCGACUCCUCAACAUGCCAGUGACUCGACCGAUGGCAGCCUGGUCAGGAAGCAUCCACUAGGAGUCAGGCCGUCUGGCAAUGCUCUCACAUCUAGCGAGAACCAGAAGCGUGCUUGUGGCUACUUGUCUUCCCUACCGGAUGAAUUGCUCAUGCAACUGCUCGAGUCACUGUUUGCUGUAGACCUGCUUCGAGUAGGUAGCACAUGUCGAGCACUACAUGCCUUUACUCGUAGUGAAGAGCUCUGGAGAGCAUUGUUCGUAGAAAUCAACUGCUCCCAUCUCUUCUCUGACGUCCUACAUCGACCGUACUUCUGCGCUCACGUGCCACUAUCUCCUUUCGCAGAAAACAUCCCAAGACAGAACCAGGUAGCACGUCUCGACGAUUUAUCCGCCGAAGACUUCGCAGAAACAUGGGUGAACAAACCCUUCAUCCUCACCUCCCCAGUCAAACAAUGGCCAGUCUACAAAACCUGGUCCAUCUCCUACCUACUCGAAAAAUAUGCCGACGUCCGCUUCCGAGCCGAAUCGGUCUACUGGCCAUUACACACCUACCUCUCCUACAUGUCCAACAGCCACGACGAAAGUCCCUUCUACCUCUUCGACCGCUCCUUCGCCGAGAAAAUGUCCCUCAUCGUCUCCACCGACCCAGACGAACCAGGCGCAGACUACUGGCCCCCCACCUGCUUCGGCACCGACCUCUUCACCCUCCUCGGCCCCGCCCGCCCUGACCACCGCUGGCUCAUCGUCGGGCCCGAACGAAGCGGAAGCACCUUCCAUAAAGACCCUAAUGCUACGAGUGCAUGGAAUGCCGUGCUGAAGGGGAAGAAAUACUGGAUCCUGUUCCCCUCUUCCCCCACCCUACCACCACCGCCUGGGGUAUUUGUGUCAGAAGACCAAAGCGAAGUCACCAGUCCCCUAAGUAUCGCCGAAUGGUUACUAGGCUUCCACGCCGAAGCACGACAGACGGCGGGAUGUAUCGAGGGGAUCUGUGGGGAGGGGGAGGUCUUGCAUGUACCUAGUGGAUGGUACCAUCUCGUCUUGAAUCUGGAGCCGAGUAUCGCCAUCACGCAGAACUUCGUCCCGAGACAGAGGGUCGGGGCGGUGCUGCAGUUUUUGAGGGAUCAGAAAAAGAGUGUUAGUGGGUUUGGGAACGAUGUCCUGGAUCCUUAUGCUUUGUUCGUCGAGAGGUUGAGGGAGUAUGAUGAGGGUCUACUAGAGGAAGGGUUGAGGGAGCUUGAGCGGUUGGGCAAAGGGAAGAGGGGGAAGUGGGAGGAGCUUACGAAGGCUGUCGUUAGGGACGAGGCUGAUGAAGAGAAUGGUGGCGGCUUCUCCUUCGGCUUCGGAGGCGGAAAUGACGAGGAUGAAGACUGA